AUGAUUGGUGAUAGUCGUGUCAAUUUUGGCAAUGGCAAGUACCAUAUAUACUCUCACGUCCACAGUGAUAGUGGACACGAAGGUGAUGCUUUAUUUACUGUCGACGAUGAUGAUGGCCUUGUCACACAAAUAUGGGAAUGGGGAUGCAGUCACAUGAUGUCAGGGCUUCAAGGGUGGAACAAUUUAACAAAGAUUAUGAUUCACAUUUGUGACUCUGAUGCUUCUCCUGGGAUGGGUAUCUUUGCUGAAAAGACUUCUCAAAAUACGUUGUAUGUCCAUGCCUCAAAUCAACAUGGUUUAACAGCUGGGGAACUUGGGGGUAUAGUAGAAAAUGACCAAGGAUGGUUAUUGGUCUUCAAUUCAAUAACUCCUGAAUCUACAAAUACCGCGAAUCCAGCAGCUGCUAUUCAGGAAAUAGGUGUCAUAGAUAUCGGAUUAAACAAGAAAAGGAAAAGUGUCACCUUUUUAAAGAGUAGUGGGAAAAAGAGAUCAAGCGGGUGCAUUGCAAAAUACAAUGAAAAAUUCUUGUUGGGGUAUAAGGAAGGCAGCGACUUCUAUUUGGGAACUAUUGAUGCUAAAGUAACAGUUAAAGAUCAAUUUGAAAAGGUCACUGGUGCAACAAUAUGGGGUGAUAGAGAUGAUUCAUUCAGACUUAUGAGAAAUGGAAAUAUAUUUUGGGUAGGAGCACCAAAUAAUAAAGGAAAUACACUCAUUAUCAGCGAGUUUGCAAUUAAAGAAAUAUCUGAAGAUAGUAUAAAUGACGGAGGAGAUGAAAGUGAAAAUAACAACGGAAAUAAAGAUGGAAGUGUGUUGUAUGAAAUAACAUUAAUCGUAGGAUUAAUCUUAUUGAUGUUAUAA